ACUACAACCAGUAGCAGGGUGGAACUCAAACACAGAACACAACCCUUUCCAUCCACAGGCAGCUGGUCCUGGAGCUGGCUUCUGUUUGUUUUCUAGCUCUGAGGAAUAUAGUACUUCUGUUUUCUGAGUUUUUGGCCUCGGAGGAAAUGCUCCAUUCACAACGAAACUGCAACAAAUGAACAAGUUUGGAGUGUGGAAAGCACAAAAUAAGUCCAUUCUGUGCAACUAGGAGAGGAGGGAGCACUCUCUGUGGUGAUGCAGCAGCAUCCUCAGCAAUGAGCUCUUACUACACACAUGCUGGCCCUCAGCAUUACCAUCCCGGCGCGUUCAUGAGCACCAACCCUUACUGGCACUGGAGGCCAGCGAGAGCGACAGGCCACCACCCACACUUCCUGCCCCCCAUCUACAGCAGCUGGCCCCUCACUCUGGUAUUGAAUGACUGGGGAGCGAACCAAGAGGGGGGCCAAGUGGAGUACCACCACUUCUACGGAUUUAACCCUUUCAGCGCCAUGAACCCUCACUUGUACUCCCAGAGGCCGUGUGUGUACCCUCCUGUCUACCAGGGCUACGGCAGCAGCAUGCCUGAGCCUCAGAGCAGCAGAGCCUGGCCCGAGGGCUUCACCCUGAAAGGGGAGCUGCGCUGGGGGAAGCUGGAGAGGAUCAACGGGGCCCGUAAGGAGGUUCCUGAAUUCGUGAAGGAUGACCUUCGCAGGGUCUACGGCACUUACCCGAAAACAGACGUAAGCAUCACCUACCGGGGAGGGGAGUACCUGGUCAGGGGAGACCCCCGGGUGGGAGAGCAGGAGUACAAGCUGGUGAAGGAGGUCAUCCGCCAGCCAAGCAGCCCCAAAGGGGACAGCGUGAGCGAGAUCGUGGAGACGAAGAAGAAGAAAAAGAAGUCUAAGCGUUGAGACCCAGACAGUGUACCCAGAGCUGUGGGGGUAAUUCACAGGUGCUGCAGUCAUUCCACUGAACCCUAGCUCUCACACAGGGUCUCCUUUCAACAGCUUUUCAACUGAAAUAGUAAGCAGCAGCUUAAAGGCCUAGGGCCCAACACAGUAUUCAGUAAACUAUAGUAAAUCGUUUGACAUAUUUAAGGUUUUUACCUUACGAGACCAUGCUGAAAAUAAUUCCCAGCGUUACAUGCAGCUGCACACUAGCAAAAAACAUUUUAUUUUAGUGAAAAAAAUAUUUUUUGUGCAUCUAAAUUAUAGUCUAAAACAAUUAAAAUACAAAAUGUGUUCAUAAUCUGUUCCAUAUGAUCUGUGGUUCAUUGUUAAACAUAUGGUUUGACUGUGCUGUUCAUGUAUGGGGCGGCAUGCUCACAAUCAGUCGUAAUUAUUAGGAAGUAAAUAAGUAGAGUGGAAGUGAUUUGAUGUGUUGAACUGUAUCCCAGUGGAGAGCCUGCAGCACUGGCCAUGCGCCUCACUGAUUCCCAUAGCACUUCAUUGACAUGCAUUUAAUGAAGAGGCUUGAGAGCAGGGUGAUCUGUGCAAACCGAACACAGCCCACUGGAAAGGAUACAACAACCCUCGAGCCUUAAGCUGUGCAGACACACACAGAUUCCAUUGCUCUCCAAGGGACUGACAAACAUGACACCUCAGGCGUUUGCUGCUGUGAAUAUUUAUAUUAAUGGGAAGUGUGUCCAGAAUCUGUGGUGCAGUAAAGAUAUGUAAUCUCUUAUAUCUAUGUUUGAAACUGAGAUUCAGAGAUUUACCCAAUGGGUGUCAACAUGAUGCAAGUCUAGGCAACCCUUCACACACUGGAUUAAUCAAGGCAAUGUCAUUGUUAUCACACACCUCAUGCCCUACAAGCAGUAAAAUCAUCAACUUCCACAAACCAGCUGUUCUGGUAGGAAUGUCUGUCUUAAUUUUCCCAUUGUGAAAAAAAUGCAUGCACAAUUUUGUUUCGACCAUUUUCUUGAAAAUGUAUCACUGAAACCAGCACUGAAGAAUGUGGUUUUACAACAGUUUUAAUAGCAGGGAUUCCCAAGUUAAAAUGAUGUCAUACCAGUACUGGUACAAUAACCUGAUGACUACACUACCUUUCAGUUUAAACAGAAAUCCCUUGCAACAGCCAUGCACAGCACACAUGUAAACAGAGUAAGGAAGUGCAGUCCUGCUUCUCUUCUGCGAGCGUGUCUUUGCUAGCAGCACAUGCCCAUUUGUUCUGUGGUGUGACGUGCAAUACAAUUUUCCUAAGGUAUAGCGUUGGGCUAAUCAGAUGCUAACAAGGAGUUUUGCAUUGUUGCUAACACAGGGUGAUGACUCAAUUCGUAAGCCACUGCAUCUGUUGAUUGAAUCCACCUGCUCAACACACAAACACACCCCGGUUUCAUCACAUUGAUUGAAUCCACCUGCUCAACACACAAACACACCCCGGUUUCAUCACAUUGAUUGAAUCCACCUGCUUAACACACAAACACACCCCAGUUUCAUCACAUCACUUUAUGCUUUUCUUGGUUCCUUAUUUAACUAGUGUGUAUUGUAUAUGUGUGAAGUAUACAGCUUCUCACAGUCAGGUAUGAGCCUGGAGCCAGUGAGGAUCGAUUAGAUGAGCAGAUUACUGAGUGGCUCUUAUGUAUAUGUCUCUGAUAAUCAGCUGAAGGAAGCUCAGAGGAUGGAGCUCAUAUCUCAUAGGAUAGCAUAUAUUCUUCUGUGGGUAAUCCUAUAUUGUCUAUUCAUGUACACACAUAUAUAGUACGUACAUAAAUGACAUACUGUGUGUACCAGGAUAUUAACAUGCUUGUUU